AUGCAAUUCUCAACUAUCGCUUUAGUCGCCGCUACCGCUGCAUUGGCAAGUGCAGACAUCGUGACAGACACCGUGUCUUCAGCUACCUUGGUCACCAUCACAGACUGUGGAUCAACCGUCACCGACUGUCCAGCUAAAACAGCCCAAGAGCAAUCCUCAUCUGUUGCUGCAGGUAACUCCACUGAACAAGCAGGCAACUCCACUCAACCAGCAGGUGUCUCAUCGUACGAGGCAGGUGCUUCAAACAACCAAGGUGCUAUUGGAAUGGUUGCCUUGGCUGCAGGUGCUUUGUUAGCUGGUUUGUAA